GUGACGCCGUGCCGAUCGCGAGCACGUCCACUGCAACGAACGCUUCCAUUGAAAGCCGGGCGUCCUGCGUGUCUCAGACUAUAAUAAUAUCGUACAAAUGAUUGUAAAUUUAAAAUAUUUCAAAAAACAAUGGUCAGACAUUCCCGCGUUCGGAGUCUCGUCGUUUAGGGUGGCGAACGCAGAUCCUCGUAGAACUUUGUACACGUUGACGGCUUUGCAGUUGUGGUUUCAAUCGUUUUCAAUUAUACUGUUGGUCAGCAGCUGCUUAUUAGAAUGGUACGUUGAAAAGGGUGACAAUAAGACAUCGAAUCAGCAAUUGGCCGGCAAGGAUUCGAAUCAUCGAUGGGUCGGUUACGGACAGUUUUACUUCAAUACAUCUCUGCUAUUCCAAAUAUGUGACGUCAUACUGUCGAUGUACGCCAGUUACCAUUUGCGAAACGCCACAAUACGGUACAAUAAUAUACAAGACGUUAGGAUAUGGAUAAUAGUCAACAACCUUUACCUUUUGUCAGCGGUAACGUGUUUUCUAUUCGUUUUGUCCAAUGUCGGGAGUCUCGUAAUAUGCAUAAAAUCGAUAACCAUAAUGAUUUUUGCUAAUUACAAGAUCUACAUCGUCCAUCAAAUUUACAAAGACGAAAAAUCGUCGUACAUUAUUUUGGAACAAGGUCCGCCGCUGUUACCAGAUUCAUCACAAUCUACCGACGAAAACUAUUUAUUACCUCAAAAUUACGUCGUAGAAGUUGAAGAGAAAUCGACCAACAAAUCUAAUUUUGAACCACUGCUCUACACAGCGAAUGAAUAACCGUAUAGAUAAUACCUAUAAUAGGGUUUUCAAAAUAAUAAAAAUAAUGAUAUUAAAAUGAAGUUUCGAUGUUUAUAUGUUUUUAAUAAUAGAUUAUAUAAAAUAGUUUUAUUUUUUUAGGUAAAUUUUGAUAACGAUUUGAUACUGUAAGUCUCAUAUUUUGUAACAUGUAAAUAUAUA